GAAGUACUCCAUAUCGUUUAUGACGACUAUCAUAAACAAUAUGGAGUACUUGGAGCUAACGGAAGACUUGGUGUAAAAACCCAGCGUAAUAGCAUUUUAAAAUUCAUACAGCCAACCCCACUUAAUUCGACAAAUCUUCGUAGUUGUUGUAACUAUUCCAUUGUCACAUAGAUCAAAAAUUCAAAUUGAAAACGUAUUAAAUUUUUGUAUUAGAUUCAUGUACAGAUAGUUAUUUGUAUGAAAAGUCUCUUGUUUGGCAAACGUUUGUGAAAGGGCUCUUUUGUUAGUCAAUCGAUUGUGAAAAGUCUACGCAUAUAUCUUUCCAAUUCUUCCAACUCAUCUUACCUAUAUAAGCGAGCUUAGAGCUCAUACCAUUUCACAUACGUAGAACAAAUAAAGAUGGAGAUCUCCCACAUAAAACUACUUCCCCUACUACUUUUCUUCCUUCUAAAUUCAGUUUGUUCUACAACUUCGAACCCGAUUUCGGAAAGCUUUGUCCCGUGCUUUUCAUCCCGCAUACAUUCUAACUCAACAAGCAAAAUCAUCCUCACCGAAAGCACCUCGGAUUAUUCCUUAGUCUUGCAAUCCUCCAUACAGAAUCUCCGAUUCUUGAACACAUCAACACCGAAACCACAUGCUAUUAUUACUCCUUCUCAAUACUCUCAUGUUCAGGCAGCUGUGGUAUGCGCCAAGAAAGACGGCAUACAAAUAAGAACCCGAAGCGGGGGCCAUGACUACGAGGGCCUAUCUUAUGUAUCCGAAGCUCCUUUCAUCAUCAUUGAUCUUUUCAAUCUUCGGUCUGUCGAUGUUGACAUAGAGAAUGAGAGUGCUUGGGUUGAGUCAGGUGCUACUCUCGGAGAGUUGUACUACACAAUCGCACAAAAGAGUAAAAUUCAUGGAUUUCCAGCAGGGUCAUGUCCAACUAUGGGUGUGGGGGGACAUAUUAGCGGAGGUGGAUUUGGCACUAUAUUCCGAAAAUAUGGUCUAGCAGCUGACAAUGUUAUUGACGCUAAGAUUGUUGACGUUAAUGGCAGGAUUCUGGACAGAAAAUCCAUGGGAGAAGAACUCUUUUGGGCUAUUCGAGGUGGGGGAGGCUCAAGCUUUGCAGUCAUUUUGAAAUGGAAACUUAGGUUGGUUCCUGUUCCUCCAUCUGUGACAGUUUUCAAACUUUCACAGACCAUAGAACAAGGCGCAACCAAACUAUUUUCGAAAUGGCAAAACAUUGCAGAUAAACUUCAUGAAGACAUUUUCCUACAUUCAGUCGUAAGUGUUGGAAAUAAAGCUGGCGCAAAUGGUGGCAAAACUAUUAUAAUUGAAUUUGGUUCCUUGUUUCUUGGGCCAGUCGAGAAACUUCUCCCUCUGAUGCAAGACAAUUUUCCGGAGUUGCGUUUAGACCGCAGCAACUGCACUGAAAUGAGCUGGAUUGAGUCUGUUCUAUAUUUCGCCGACAUCUCAAUAAACGAGUCGGAAGCUUUGCUCAGGAGAACACAACAAUCUAAGAGCUUCUUCAAAGCAAAAUCAGACUAUGUGACUGAACCAAUUUCGGAAGCUGGCUUGGAAGGUUUAUGGCAAACACUGAUUGAAGUAGAAGCUUAUUUGAUAUUGACACCUUAUGGUGGAAAGAUGAGUGAGAUUUCAGAUUCGGAAACUCCUUUCCCACACAGAAUCGGCAACAUAUUCGGAAUCCAGUAUAUGGUCACUUGGGAUGAUGGCAAGGAAACUGAGAAACAUGUUGGCGGGAUGAGAAGGCUGUAUGACUACAUGGAACCAUAUGUUUCAAAGUCCCCAAGAGGUGCCUAUUUGAAUUAUAGGGAUCUUGACUUGGGGAGGAACAAUGCUUGUAAUACAAGCUAUGGACAAGCAAGCAUUUGGGGCUUGAAGUAUUUCAAGAAUAAUUUUAGGAGACUUGUUCAUGUGAAGACCUUAGUUGAUCCUGGUAACUUCUUCAUGGAUGAACAAAGCAUCCCUUUGUUCCCAUCUAGGAAGAAAUAGAUUGUUGGUAUUGAAAAUUUACUUACUCAAUACCAAAAUAUGUGGAUGGUAGGUUUACAAACUUUAUCACACCUCUUGGGAAAAAAUACUCUGUAAAAGUUUUUAACUCUUAUUGAUGGAAUGGAAAUUACUUCAAACGUA